AUGCCUCCAGUGCAGCCAAAGACCCGGGCACACGCACCUCUGCCCCCGGUGUCCCAGCCUGUCUUCAGCCAGCCUGUCUUCAGCCAGCCUGUCUUCAGCCAGCCCGAGUCCAGCUCUGUGCUGCAGCUGCCCCGCCUCAUCGCUGUGGUGGGCCCCCGGACUGCUCUCUUGCAGCGGAGGUGGAGCCAGGGGCCUCAGCUCGUCACUUCAGCGCUGGGCACGGAGCUCCCGGGGACGUCCACACAGAACAGCCUCCCAGAGCCAGAGCAGACAAAGCUGCCUCAGGACAGGCCGUCCCGUUGCACACAGUCCCCAGCCCUGCAGCGUCCUCUGAAGGUGUCAGAGGUGCUGCAGCUGCUCUGCACUGGAGGCCCCUCCCAAGUGUUCUAUCUGAAAGAGGCCCCGGGGCCCGUUCGCAGACCGUACGAGCUGCAAGUGGUGGCGCCCUCAGAGGCUGGGGAGGAGCACUACAUCUUCUGCCGCAGUGGUGUGAUCCACAUGACGCUUAGUGGAUAUGGCGGGAUGAGCAGUCUCUCCCAGUGGUACAACGAGGCCGCCUCCUGGACCAUCCUGCAGAACAUCCCCUUUUUCAGACUCUUCAGGCUCAGGAAGGCCUUCUGCUGGUGGAGGGCACGUGUGCGCUACUGCCGUUUCCUCCAGCUCAGUGAACACUUACAGAGCCUUCUGCUGACAGACAGCGCCCUCUAUAGAGCAGCUCAGGCAGCACAUGCCAGGACUCUGGAGGAAGUCCAAGCCACUCCCUGGCUUCCACAGUCUGGGGCGUACAAUCUGACUGGACUCAUUGAAGCUCAACAGAAUCACAGGGAACAAUUUCAGCGUAAACUACGAGAUUUAUCCCAAUCCUGCAGAGAAGUCCUUCAAACGGUACAGCAGCAGAGCAUGCAGUCCCUCCAACAUCUGAAGCACCACAUCCAUCUGUCAGAGCAGGCCAGGUGUUUCAGUGGGCCCAUGCACCUGCAGUGGAGGCACCAGAAGCAGCUCAGGAGAGAGCGCGCCCGAGCCCAGCGGGACGUCACCAGGCUCAGCUCUUUAGCCCGCCUGCUGCACUACAUGACUGUGGAGACGCUGCUCUGUGUGCUCCAGACACACGUCCACACCUUUGCCCUGAGUGUAGUGCAGACGCAGUCCCUGGUCUUCCACACACAGCUGAGCGUCAGGACACAUGGGCAUCUGCGAGUGGAGCCAGAACUGCACUGCUUCUCUCAGCUCCUCAGAGAUCUGCUAAGCCCCACUUACUUCCACCAACAGGUGUGUGACACGUGCGGCAUCUUUGAUGAGACCUCAGCCCAGGACCGGUUCUCCAGCAAAGCCUUAGACCUCAGCAAACUGUCCACCACGUUCAGCCCAGAAAGUAUGCGCCACUCUGUUCAGGAGUUCUGCUGCUGUCAGUUAGUCCAGCGCCAGCAGAGCCCUGAUUUGAUGCAGCAGUUUCAGACCACAGGAAAUCCUGGGGCCUGUGGAUUGCCUGAGGCCCCCGGGCAGAUCCAGAGCUUGAACAGAGAGCUGCUAGAGUGGACUCUGAGCAUGUGUGACCUGUCCAAGGCUGUGGGGGCAGCUGAACGGUUCAUGCAGGAGGAGUCGGACCUGGAUUGGCUCUAUGAUAAGUAUUCCUGGCUGCUGAAGGUGCGUGAGUUUGUGGAGAGCUGGGGCCCAGCGCUGAGUGUGGAUCCCAGGGGCCCGUGUGUCGGGGCUUAUGAGGAGCACAUUGUUAAAGUCCAAAAGUGGCUCAGCUGGCUCCGCUCUGUUCCCCCGUCUGUGAGCAGCACCAGGCAGCUGUUUGUCAUCUGCUGUACAGAAGUCACACAGGAGCUCGAAGAACGGCUCAAAGUUAUAUCUGAAGAGCUUUUAAUAAAUGCGGUGGAACAAGUGCGAGUGUCUUCAGAGACGCUGCUAUCGGAGCUGGAGCGGCUUGUCGCAGACCUGCUUCCCACUCCCCAGGACUUUACAUGCUACACUGUCAAGGUAAAGCAGGGGUUUUCCCUUUGGCCUGACCUGAAGCAGAGGCUGGAGGACACACGCUCCGUCCAGAACAUCAUAGUGAUCCACUACCGAGACGUGACCGCAGAGGAACACAAGCUGAGUGAGCAGAUGGAGCGUGUAUGGAGUCGAUUCCUGGAGCUCCUGCAGCAGGCUGAAGACGCAGUGUGUCGGGGUCUUCCUGUCCACGCCCACACUCUGAAUCUGGUCUUCUCGUUCUGCUACUCGGACCUCGCUCGCAUGGUGUCCCGGCUCUCAGAUGGAGUCUUCCUGGAGCCCACCCAGGACCCUGCUGAGAUAUGCUCCACGCUGAAGGUGCUGUGGAGGCACGUGCAGAUGCGACGGGGCAGACUGGAGCAGCUUACGGCCAAAUGUGACCUCCUCCAAGCAGAGACGCCCAAAGAUCUGAGCCUCCUGAUCCUAGAGAUCCAGCAGGCUGAAGCCAGGAAGCAGGUGUGGGAAACCCUGGCUGCUUGUGCAGAAUGGAGGGAAGUGUGUUCCACUGUGCUCUUUUCUGAGAUGGAUGUGGUCCAGACCCAGAGGGUGCUAGAGGAGCAGAGUGGAGCUGUCCAGUAUGCACACCAUGAACUGCCUCUGGCUGACAGUGUUCUACAAAGGGCUGUCAAUGAGCUCCAACAACAGCGCCACCAACUGGAGGUCCUGAGCACACUGAAGAAUUCCCACCUCAAGUACAAGCACUGGAAGGCCGUCCUGCGAGCUGUAGAUCUGAGCCAUGUUCCUGUGGCUGAUGUGAUGGUGGGCCAGCUGCUGUCCCAGAGCCUGGAGCAGAAGCAGUGCAUCCUGGAGAAGAUUGUCUGGGAUGCCAAAGCAGAGCGCCAAAUGGAGUGUGAUUUUCUAAAGCUCCAGAAGCAGUGGUCAGAGAAGCUUGUGACAUUGCAGCGUUUUCCCAUCUCCACAGAAGAACCAUGGAUAGAGUCCAUAGAGCAGCGCACCUGGACGGUCACAGAUGUGGAUGUCCACCUGUCUCAGAUUCACUUGGAUGUCACCAUGUUGUCCUACAUGCUCACGUCUCCAUACAGUGAGGACUUCAGACCAGAGUUGGAUCACUGGCUGCACCUAAUGAAUGACCUGGAAAACACUCUGCAUAUUUUCAAACGAUUCCAGCAAAUGUGGAUCUUUUUGACCAAGGUGCUGAGCAGUUGGUCUGUGAGCAGAUGUGUUGACGUGAAAACCCUGUUUAAACCUGCGGAUGCAGAAUUUCGACAAGUGAUGGAUAAUAUCUCCAGGGACAGUCAUGCUCUGAUCUUUCUUGAACAUUUCCACUCUUUCACUUCGGGGCUGUCUGCGAUGGAUGCCAUUACCACCCAGACGAGGGAGAUAUUUGAUUUUAUCCAGAGCCAGUGCUCAAGACUGAGUGGCAGCGGAAAAACCAGCUGCUACUCCAUUCUGGCUCAAGCUCUAAAUUUCUUGGCCACCCAAUCAGAAAAACGGAACAAAGCAUUCGUGAGGCCUGUUGUCCUGUUUCCAAAUUCAAUGUCUCACAAAGAGCUACUCGGGUAUGACUGCGAUCACAAAGGCUGGCAAGAUGGUGCUCUCUCAACUUUCCUGAGAAACUGUGGAGAUGUGAAGGGCGUGGAGAACUGGCUGGUUCUGGAUGGCGAAGAACCAAGCAGCCGAGCAGAGGAACCAAGUUGGAUGGACAUUGCAGGUGCGCUGUUUCACUCUCCUGGUCCUUUCAUGUGUCUGGCUUCUGGGAUGCCGAUCAUACCACCUCAGGAACAUCUCCGGGUCAUCCUUGAAGUGACCGAUUUGAGUGCUGCCAGCCCAGGAGCCUUGACUGCAUGUAACCUCAUCAACUUCACAGGUUGUGAUCUGUGGAGAGCUGUUUGGAAGAGCGCAAUGGGCUCAGUCUUACAAAAAUACCAGAGUAAAGCUUUGGAAGAUCUAUGGGAGACACUGGCUGAAGAGCUUUUCCCUGCAACACUGCAGUCGCUUGAUCAAAAUUGUGCGUCACCUGCCAACUACUCGGAGUCAGCGUCAUCUCAGAGGCCUCCCAUCGGAUUACAAGAAAUCAUGUCAUUUUUCCGCAUCUUUAGUGCACUGGUAGAGCACUUUGAAGUUUGCCUGAACAUCCACAAUGCUCAAGAUAAGGGAGAUGGGACAGAGAGCAGAGGUGUGUCUCAGUAUCAGUCCGACACUACUGGAGCCGGUUUAAGAGAUGAUGCUACAAAGAUGACGCUAGCACAAAGCUGUUUUCUGAUGGCCUAUGUCUGGGGCUUUGGUGGACAUCUUCAUCCAAGUGCGUGGCCUCGUUUCCAGUGCAUAGCUCGCAAAGUGUUGUCUAAUAGCCGCUACAAGAUCCAGGUUCCAGAAGGAGAAAGUUUGUUUGAAUACUUUGCCACCUCCGAUAGACGUGUGUGUCUGCAGACUGCCGCGCUUACAAGCCCCAAGUAUGGCAUCUACACACAUCUUAUGAGCAUCAUGUUGGAGGCCAAGCGGCCGGUUCUGCUGGUGGGAGAGCCUGCUUCAGGAAAGACUACUGUGUGCCAGGGUUUGCUGGGUUACAAAAGUCCUUGUGUGAGGCUGUGUGGCAGUGCCGUCAUGGGGCCCUUAGACCUGCUCUGUGUAUUUCGGAACACUUCGCGAGCCUCCCAGCUGCUGCUGUUUGUGGACGACCUACACGCGACAUCUCCUGGAUUCACAGAUACAUCUCCAGCUCUAGAGGUUCUGAGGCAGAGCAUGUCCACUGGGGGUGUGACAGUGUUUGCCGACUCCUCCCUCCGCUCCCUGACCACCGGGACAGUGUCCUACAUGUGCACCAGCAGCACCCCCAGCCCCCUGUCCCCCCGCCUCACCCGUCUCUUCUCCAUCUUCACACUGCCCGUUCUGACUCCAGACCUCAUCUUCUCUCUGCAUGCACACGAUCUAAAGCUGUGGACGCAAACGCUGCUCCCAAACACUACAGAAAUGGCACGCAGUUUUGUGUCUGCCACUCACAGCUUGUAUUUAGCUUUGCAGGAGAAAUACGCACACGCAGUGGACGGUUGUGGCUUCUCCAUUUAUGACAUUGCGUACAUACCGUACAAGCUUGACGUCCUUACAGAGACCUUGAGAAGCUCCUUGCAGAAACACAGUUACCCUGAUCACGAGGCGGGCUUUCUCCGUGCAUACAUGCUGCACCGGCAGAGGGCGCGGCAACUAGCACACAUCUUUCGUGUGUUGCUCAUACCUGGGGCUCACGCGGUUCUCCUGGCUUCCCACGCGGGCACCGGGCGUAGAUCCACCGUUCGUUGCGCCAUGCAGCUCACAGGGGCCGAUCUGCUGGAAGUCCAUUUGGGCAAUGAGGAAGAGCUGUCCAUGGUGCUGAAAGAGGCCAGCAACCGCUGCCGGGUGAAGGGGGCCAGAGUGGUGCUCUUGGUGCAUGCCGAUGUCAGCGCAGCCAUAAGGGAACACCUCCUGCUGGUCAUGGCUGGUCACACUGGGCGGGGCUUGCACACGCAGGAGGAGAUAGAGAAGCACGUCGUCACAGUGACCUCAAACCACCUCUCGCAGCGCUAUCACCGGGACCAGUGGAUGUUAGACAGGCUCCUGAGCCAAAGCCACAAGAACAUCCACAUUGUCAUGUUGAUGCCACACAGCAGCCCAGAGGUCAGUGCAGAGGUCAGCCCAGAGCUCUGCACACAGUGGACUGUAAUCGAUGAGAGUGUGUUCUCUGCAUUUUCACUCGGGUAA